AUGACGAAAGACGAUGAGAUGAUGCUGCGCUCGGAGCAGGAGAAUUUGCUGGAGGAGGCGAGCCGAGUGGUGCGUUCCGAGUCGUUCGAGAUGAAACGAUGCCUGGACAAAGGUGCACUGAUGGAUGCGCUAAAACAUGCUUCGCAAAUGCUUGCCGAACUACGUACCGGUGCUCUGACACCCAAAUAUUACUACAGACUUUGUAUGUUCCAUUUUUUAUUAAAUUUUUUAUUAAAUUUGAAUAAAAUGCUGUGUUUGAAACGCCUGAGAAAGGAGCAAGGGUUUCUCGGAAAAUUUAGUUACUAUACGUGGUAG